CCAAAAUGGCGCUCUCCGCAAAAUGGAUUUUCUCUGCAAUUUUAGGGAUUAUUGCCGUUAUUCUCGGUAAUUUGUAUAUAUUUACACUAGAUAAGAAUACAAGAGCAAAACUUCUUCGUGGACAAUUUGUAAUAGUGAUACAAACACUGAUGUUUGUGGGCUCAAAAUACAUUUAUAAGCACUUGUUUAUAAAAAUUGUGAAAAAUCAAAAACCCGGAAGUGAUCAUCAAGGGAAAAAAGAUCAUGAACGUGCAAUGAAUGAACAACAAUAUAAACCAAGUAAAGGCAUACGAAUAUGGAGAUUUAUAGUUUUAACAUUCCUGAUCUUAUCACACCUAAGUUAUUUUACAAACUUAUUCCUAAUCGGAACAGAGCCCCAUUGGUUCGCAAUGCUGUGUUAUACGUGUCUCGGUACAUUCAUACAAUUGCUAUGGUGUUUAUUUUUACUUGGAAUCAUACAGAAAAUAGCUAUAUUUCUCAAUAGAUACAAUUCUGUUAUACUUAAACCAAAAGUUAGGGCAUCAAUCGCAAUAGUCAUGGCACUUUGUCUGGCAUCAAUUGGAAUAUAUACAGUUUCUGGAAUGCCCAAAGUGAAGAAAGUAACAAUUCCCUUGAAGAACUGGCCUCAAUCACUGGAAGGAUUUAGAAUUGUACAGUUGACAGAUAUCCAUCUUGGGCCGACAGUUGGCAAAACAAUGCUUGAGGGACUGAUAUUGAGAGUCAAUGAGUUAGACCCAGAUCUUGUUGUCUUGACUGGAGAUUUAACUGAUGCAACUGUAGAGAGACUUAAUGGUGCAGCAGAUCCAUUACAGCAUCUACAUGGCAGAUAUGGUCGAUUCUUUGUGACAGGUAACCAUGAGUAUUACACAGGGGAUGUCGACCAUUGGUUUAGACAUCUGAAAUCCUUGGACUUCACUGUACUUCACAAUGAUUGUGUGGAAAUCAGGAGCAAAAAUAACCCCAAAGAACAUUUCUGUCUUGCUGGUACAGAUGACAGGGAGGCUGUAAGAUUUCAAUAUGGAGAUCACCGCAUGGAUCUACCCAAAGCUGUCAAAGACUGUGAGGAAAGAUCACCUAUUAUUCUAUUGGCUCAUCAGCCAAAAUCUGCUAAGGAAGCUUUACAAUCAAAUCCAAAUAUUAGUCUAGUCUUAUCAGGUCAUACCCAUGGUGGCCAAAUGUUCCCCAUCAGUAUAGGGGCCUGGUUGGUGAAUCCAUAUUACCAAGGCCUUUACCAAUAUAGUCCCCACCAAUACGUUUAUGUCUCACCAGGAACGUUCUAUUUUGGAAUCCCAAUGAGGAUUUUUACUUCAAUGGAACUGACAGAGAUUACAAUUAUGUCAGAAACAAAGUGGAAACAAUCAUUAGAGAAGAAAAGACCUAAACCAAUAACUGCGAAGCCUGCUAAAAAUUAACCACUUCAUGCUCGUCUUAUAUAGGAAAAGAGGCGUCACAGCAAGCUAUAAUAAUUCUAAUCCAUGGCAGUCCUUCUGCAAAUACAGGGUGGCCAAAAAAAAGCAAAACUCAGAACCUUAAUUCAAAGAUUUGUGGGUUGUUUUUUGGGUCACCCUGCACCAUUUCAUUGUACUUGUCAAACAGAAGAGAGGGCUGAGACAAUGCAAAUCAUCUCAAAAUCACCCAUAGUGGAGGUCCAUGGACUUUGUAAAUGAUAUUAAGCUGGUUUAGAACCCUAUUUAACUUCUUAAAUACCAGACUUUGAUUCCACAUCAAAUAUUGAAGUUACAUUUAUAUACAUGUAUAUCAUUUGUUAUUUUGCAGUGAAAGUUUUGAGGAAUUAAUUUCAUUCAGGGUUCAUUAUUUGAUUAAAUCCAUUAAAUGUAGAAGGGAAACUAGGUAAAGUUAAGAAUUCGUAAAAUCCAUUGUUCUCUAACGUCAUUCUAUCCAUAUUUACAACAAUCGAUU